ACCUGCAAAUGCCUCCUCGAGUUCAUGCUUUUAAACUUUUCGAGUCGCAGUCGUACCGCGAGAGUCGUACGUGUCGCCUCGCGUUUUAUAGAUUUUACGAACGCGUUUCGUACGUGAGUGUGAUUCAUUCCGACUAUCUGUUUGUUUAGGUACCCAGAGGUUAAAUAAAAAUUUAGAGAAGUUAAUUGGACAAAAGUGAUAAUGGUAUAAUAGAUAAGUGUUUUAAGUAGAAGAUUAAUAACCAUGUCGGCGGAUAGAGUUGUUCCGAAAGCACCCGGUGCGAAGCCUCCCCCGCCUGUACCCCCCAGGCCGUCCAGGAGUCUUAUUAAAGAAGCCCUCGCCAAAACGAGACAGACUUAUCAAGAAAUUGGAACUGUGGGUUUAUCCAGUCCGCACCGCAAAAGCGAGAAACCGACUGCCAAGCAACGACCUCAACUUUCUACCGAUCAACCGCGGGAGAACAAUAAUAACAACAACAACGACAACCGGGUAAAUGCGAACCGAUACUGUGGUGAGGAGAGACCCGUGGUCUAUCAGUCGGAAAAUUGCAAAAAACGAACCUCACCGGAGCAGAAAAACUUGCAGAGGGUAGACUCACUCUGUAGAGUCGACGAGCAAGAUAGAAUAAAAACCAGACCAUCAGCUGUCCAGGUGCAAAGAAGCGACUCGAACCGUUCGAACAAGUUGCACCGGGUCGAAUCGCAUCAUAGACAACGAAUCCCUCCGAAUAUCACAGAAGAAACCGACAACUUACCGGUUUUAAAUAGAAAAAUCAGAGAAGGACCUCCAUCGGUAUCGAUACAGCGAAGAUUAAGUUUUAAAAGUGUCCAAGACAACGAUGAAAAAAGUAAAAAUGCGGACCACAAGAUGGGAAAAGUUGACCGUGACGGUGUACCGGAGGAGCAGGAAACGCGCCAAAGAAGUAACGACGAUGACAACAACGCAAAAAGGUCCACAGACGAGGACCUCUCGUCGAACAUCUCGAUCACCUCAUCCAGUUCCGAAGAAAACGAACCGCAAACCAACGAGCACCGACUCAAUAACCGGAACCACGUCAACACCCUCAUUGACGAGAUGUUCGCUUCGGUACUAGAAGUGAACCUUAGCUCGUCCUCUGAAAGCAUCAUAACCGACACCGACAAUAAAAUUAAAAUAUCAAACAUCGGAAACACUCCUCCGAGUAAAAAUAGCUCCAGUGACAACCUGACUGUCAUAGUGAUCAACGAUUCGGCUUCGGAGUCAAAUACGUCCACGUCAGAGCGUAAAGUGACGUUCAACGACAGACAGAACCACGAGUUUUUGAUCAGUGAGUUGCAGCACAUGCGGGAGUGUGACGAGGAUAAAAAGUUGAAGAGACAAAGGUCGUCACCGUUGAACCAUCGGCUGUACGACGAGGAGAGAAGAAGCUCGCAAGAUUGUGAUAAAAUACAGACGAACGAUUGGUACGGGGUCAACGAUGGAAAGAAAGUGAGGAUGUCCAGUUGUCAUAUUAAGAUUGACGAGCCUCUGAUGGAUAACGACGAGAGGUUCAAAGACAUGACACUCAAGUACGGUUUACCGCCGCUCCCGAAGGCCUUGGCCGGGUUCAAUUUCCAAGAUCCUAUUAGGAGUGAGAAGGUGGAUAAUGUGACGGAGGACUACUCGAACGAGAGGAAGGAAGACAGAAAAGAGGGAAGCAGUUUGGACAAACAACUCGCUAUAUUGAAAAGAGAAAUGGACUGUCUUCGGGAACAAGACCUCUCCCUGCUAUCGAAACUGUGGUUCCUAAACGAGUCCAUACGGGAGUUUAAGCAGAUCCUUCAGGAACCAGACGAAAAAACCUUCCUUAGACUCACACCGUCACCAACGCCAUCUAGUAUUGAUGACGAAGAGUUUUACGUUAUAUCAACUUGUUGAAUUUUAUCAUAAGACUUACUAUAAUAGUAAGGGUUAAGUACUUAAGCGAUUUCACGUGAUUUAGAUUAGGGUUUUAUUAUUUAUAUGGUUUUAUUAGUGACUUAAGGUUUUAGUUGUAAAUAGUAAUUAUUUGUUCUGUAUAGUUUUUUAAAUAACAUUUACUUUUUACUAAU